CGCUAUUCAAUUGCCACAAAUAGAAGUCAUCAAUCCUUCUUCAGCUUUUUACAACAUACAACAACAUCAGCGUCAAAUACCCUCGAUAAAUUUCGGAAUCCCUUUCCUUUCAAUUCAACAUUCUAUCUCUUCAGGCAACACUUUUUAAUCAAAUACCCACAUAAAAAUCAAUCAAAAUGGAUGACUGGGAGUCAACCACAAAGAUUGGAAAGAAUGUUCGUGGAGGAGCUGGCGCAAACAGAGAGACUGUCAUUAGAGGAGCUGCUGCAUUGAAUGCUGCUAAGAGAAGUGGAGGAGCUAUUACUACCGAAAAGAAAUUUGCUUCCGGUAAUGCUGGUUCUUCGGGAGAAGGUCAACAUCUCACAAAAGUCGACCGCUCUGAUGAAAUCAUAAAGCCAAAGACCGUUGGUAUGGAAGUAGCCCGAGCCAUUCAAGAUGGUCGCAAGGCCAAAAACAUCAAAACCCAAGCCGACCUCGCCAAACUAUGCAACACUACCCCAAAGAUUGUUAACGACAUGGAAAGGGGCGUCGCCACUCCUGAUCAAAAAGUUUUGAACAAUAUGGAACGUGUUUUGGGUAUUAAGUUACGUGGAAAUGAUAUUGGAGGUUCGAAGUUUGGUGGACCAAAGAAGAAUGCUACACCUGCUCCUGCAGCAAAGGCAGCACCUGUCAAGACUACAAUUAAGAUUGUUCCUCCUACCGCUGGGCCACCGAGUGCGAAGAGUGGAACUCCUGUUUCUGGAACACCCAAGACUGGUACUCCUAAGACUGGUACCCCAGGUGGAGCGGACGAUGAUGAGUAAAUGCGGAUAGUGUGAUGAUGAUAUAAGUGGGCGAGUCUUAUCAAAUGAUUAUUGGUGGACGGUGGAUGGUGAAUGGUAGCUGCUUCAAGCUAUGGAGUUUAUGAAUAGAUGAGAUGCAUGAAAGAAUAAAUGAAAGCAUUAGAUAUCAAGAGGUUUUCAUCGCGUUGGAUUUCAAUGUUAUUAUACCUGGCGAUUAUGGUCUAUCAGAGUAGAUAAAUCAUUUACUCAAUUCAACCCUUUUUCUCCAAUUGAUUCACAAUGUCUUGACUGUUUCCUGGCAAAGUCCGUUCUUCCUACUGAUUAAAUUUUCUUCACCUGAUUUUUCCUGUUCGAUCUUGGCCGACACUUGAACAAGAUCUCUGUUUUGGAUGCGCUGUAGCAGCCUCAGUACGGGAUGAACAUGCCCCCAGAAGAUGGUGCCGAAGCGAUGCAUAUAAUUGGCUCAAAAGACAACAUUUGGCACGUAA